UUUUUUUUUCUUUUAUUAUUUUCUUCUCUUAAAAAAAAUUCUUCAAGUAAAUGGCGACGGAGGACAACAAGCUCCUCCUCCUCCUCCUCCUCCUCCUCCUUUUCUCUUCUUCUUCGUCAUUUUUAGCGAUCUCAUUUUCAUUCGUCAGUUGUUGAUUUUCUCAGUUACGCGGUGAUGAUAAUUUGGAAGGAUUAAGAAACUACUUCGAGAGAGAAAGAGAGUGAGAGGAAGAGAGAGAGGGGAUUUUUUUUUUUUUUUGUAAAUGUCCGGUGGGGAGAGAGAGGAGAAGCAAUGGAAAUGUGGAAAAGCGAUUGCGGUGGCGAAUUUACAGAGAGUAGGGACAAUGGUGAGGGAUAUAGGAGAGCCUUGUCUUUCACAAUCACCUAUAAAGGUUGUUAUACUUGUAGGAAGAAUGCUUAAGCCGGAGAAGUGGCAAUCGACUUUUGAUAGUAAUGGAAAGGUUUCAAGUUUUCGGAAAGCGCUGAAGUUGAUUGUUUUAGGGGGUGUGGACCCAUCUAUUAGGCCACAAGUUUGGGAGUUUCUACUUGGCUGUUAUACACUGGGAACCACUGCUGAGUACCGGAGGCAGCUGAGGGCAGCACGAAGGGAACGCUACAGAGACCUCAUCGAGCAAUGCCAAAAAAUGCAUUCAAGUAUAGGAACCGGUGCCCUUGCGUUUGCUGUGGGGUCCAAAGUUAUGGAUAUGAGGACACCAUCCAAGGAUGAUGGGAAAGGGGAAGAAGCUACUGUCAAAAGUAGACAAACCUCUGUAGAUGUUACUAACAGCUUAGAGAAUUAUAGCGAUUGGAAUAAUAAUUGUACAGAUACAGCAUGCACGUGUGCAGGGCAAAGUUCUAGUGAUUCUGCUGGACUUGUCAGUGUGAGGGGAAGCUCAGAUAGUGCAGCACAUGAUUCUUCUUGUUUUAUACCUACUUCUGGCCCACUCAAUAGUAGUUCUCCAAAAAGAGGUGGAGAGGCUCAUGGAUCAGAGUAUGUAGUGGAGAGUUAUUUUGAUUUUCCACCUUUACCUGUCACGAAUUUGUUUGAGAAGAGAGAAGAUAAGAAAGAAAGUGGUGCGCUUGAUGACAAACCACGUACACAAAGAAAAUUGAGAUUUCAAGAUGACAGGAUGCACAGUUUUCAAAUUAAUAAUAAUGUAGAUUUAAUUAUUGAAUCCAGUGGGGAAACAUCUAACCAUGCUUCACCUCAGAAGAAAUCUGAAAUUGAAUUAGUUCAACAAGAGGACCAUGAACCAGCAUUACAGUCCAAUAAUCUUGGUAAUGAGAAAGAAAUAGUGGACAAAUUGAGAAUAGCUGAUGUUCCUGAGACACCAUUGUUAAAUGGAACAACAUCUAAUGGAGGGGUUGCUGGUGAGAACAGAGUGUCUGAAUGGCUCUGGACAUUGCAUCGAAUAGUUGUUGAUGUUGUAAGAACAGAUAGUCAUCUUGAAUUCUAUGAGGAUAAAAGAAAUUUAGCUAGGAUGUCUGACAUCCUUGCUGUCUAUGCAUGGGUUGAUCCAGCCACUGGUUAUUGUCAAGGUAUGAGCGAUCUGCUGUCUCCUUUUGUUGUUCUCUUUGAGGACAAUGCUGAUGCAUUUUGGUGCUUUGAGAUGCUUCUACGGAGAAUGCGUGAAAAUUUUCAGAUGGAAGGACCAACUGGGGUCAUGAAACAGUUGCAAGCAUUGUGGCACAUCUUGGAACUCACAGACAAAGAAAUGUUUGCACAUCUAUCACGUAUUGGUGCUGAAAGCCUCCAUUUUGCAUUCCGGAUGCUGAUGGUUCUCUUCCGCCGAGAGUUAUCUUUUAGUGAGGCUCUGCGGAUGUGGGAGAUGAUGUGGGCUGCUGAUUUUGAUGAAUCUGUUGUGUGUGAUCUAGAGGAGAAUUGCCUGGAUGCACUGUUGCUAAAUGUUCCAAGGGAUUGUGAAGGAGAUACAAGGGAAGAAAGCAUUGAAAAUAGUGAUGGUAGUUCAAGGGAUGGUUCACAAUCAAAGCAUGGAAAUGUUGAGCACCCAACGCCUGACAACACUGGAAUGAAAUCCGCAUCAGCUUAUAACUUUUGUGGUUUCACAAAGAACUUUUGGUCAAGAAAUGACCGCAUGCAGAUUACCAAUGCAAUCUCAUCAACUAAGAAUGGGGAUGACGAAUUACCUGUUUUCUGUGUCGCUGCUAUUCUCAUCAUGAACCGGCAAAAGAUAAUCAAAGAAACUCGCUCGAUUGAUGAUAUGAUAAAGAUUUUCAAUGAUAGGCUGCUGAAGAUUCAUGUUAAAAGAUGCAUACGCACAGCGACCAAACUUCGGAAGAAAUAUUUUUACAAGCUGAUCAAAAGCAAGAACCCUGUAGUCCAGAAUGGUGAAUAAGACUGCCAAUUUUAGUAUUCAUUUCACUGACAGAGGCACCAUGUUGGCACUUAGAGCUGGUAGUGGUAGUCUGGGAUGCUGAUUUUGAGUACGGCCUUACAAUGUUUUGUUAUUUGGAUCUUUUAUGAUGGAGUUAUUUAAAGAAAAGUGCUGUUGCCAUUCAAAGAUAUUGUACAGUUGAUUGUACUUGCAUUGUCUCCUUCACAUCUUUGUGAGCAUUCUCCUUUCAUUUUCCUAUCCUCCUUUUGAGGCCAACGGAAAGAUCUGAAGGUGCCAACAAGUUCAUCUUUGGUGCAUCCAGGUUCUUAUCAUUUAACUGCUAUGAUAAUUCUCACAGGUUAGGCAAAGACAAUGUUUUCUUUUCCGUUGAUUUCAUUUUUCCAAGUAUUUAGAGGGCAAAUUAUUAUAAAGAGAAAAGAGAUGUAGAGAGGGAGCAAAUUGUUUUGACAAUUUUGAUUGCCUUGUGCUUUUGUUGAAAGGAGUUCAAAAAAUAAACUAAAAGUUAUUGAAAGUCAUCAACAAUUGCAAUGGUUGAAAUGCUGAAGAUGAGUUCUUAACU